GCAAUGCAAAUCGGGAAAAAGAGGCCGAGCCGGCUGGGUUCCGUCAGGGUAACGACUGCCGCGGCUCCCUCGGGCGGUGGGCGAUGGGCCUCGGGUGCGCAGGCGGGCGCUAGCGGGUCGGCCGGCGCGUGGAAAGAACUAUUUUGUAUCCAUUCUGAAAGUGGAAAAGUUAAGAUUGUUCAUCAUGCCUGCUGUGGCUUCAGUUCCUAAAGAACUCUACCUCAGUUCAUCACUAAAAGACCUCAAUAAGAAGACAGAAGUUAAGCCAGAGAAAAUAAGCACUAAGAGUUAUGUGCACAGUGCUCUGAAAAUCUUCAAGACAGCAGAAGAAUGCAGGCUAGAUCGUGAUGAGGAAAGGGCCUAUGUGCUCUAUAUGAAAUAUGUGACUGUUUAUAACCUUAUCAAAAAAAGACCUGAUUUCAAGCAACAACAGGAAUACUUUCACUCAGUACUCGGUCCUGCAAACAUCAAGAAAGCUAUUGAAGAAGCUGAAAGACUCUCUGAAAGCCUUAAACUGAGAUAUGAAGAAGCUGAAGUUCGGAAAAAGCUGGAGGAGAAAGACAGACAGGAAGAACAGCUACAGCAGCAGAGGCGGCAGGAAGCUGGAAGAGAGGAGGGUAGCACAACGGCCAGAGGCGCUCCAGUGAAUGUAUUGGACUCCCAGGACAGGCCACAAAGGAUCAAUGGUGAAAAGAGUGAAAAAAAAGAAACUGCAGAGAAAGGUGUGAUCACAGCAAAGGAACUGUAUGCAAUGAUGACGGAUAAAAGUGUCAGCUUGCUGAUAAUGGAUGCGCGAAGAAUGCAGGAUUACCGGGAUUCCUGUAUUGUGGAUUCUCUCUGUGUUCCUGAAGAAGCCAUCAGUCCGGGAGUCACUGCUAGUUGGAUUGAAGCGAACCUCCCAGAGGACUCUAAGGACACAUGGAAGAAGAGGGGGAAUGUGGAUUAUGUGGUGCUUCUUGACUGGUUUAGUUCGGCAAAAGAUUUACAGCUUGGAACAACUCUCCAGAGUCUGAAAGAUGCGCUUUUCAAGUGGGAAAGCAGGGCUGUCCUGCGCAGCGAGCCCUUGAUUUUAGAGGGAGGCUAUGAAAACUGGCUCCUUUGCUAUCCCCAGUACACAACAAACGCUAAAGUCACUCCACCCCCACGAGGCAAGAACGAAGAGGUGUCUAUCUCAUUGGAUUUCACUUACCCGUCAUUGGAAGAAUCAGUUCCUUCCAAGCCUCCUGCUCAGAUGCCGCCUCCUCUGGAAGCAGAUCAAAAUACGGAACUGACAGAUAAUCAAGGAGGACUGAGUAUGUCAGUGCCAGCCGAGCCAGUUGCUGCUCCCAGAGCUAAUGUCUCACCCACAGUUCAGCCAGUGCCUAUUAUAAAGAAUGUCCCACAGAUCGAUCGGACCAAAAAGCCAGCAGUCAGAGUGCCUGAAGAGCAUAGAGUAAAAUCAGAGAGCACGGACCACGAGCAGCAGUCUCCACAGAAUGCAAAAGCCAUCCCCGACCGCUCUAUCAAGCCAUCGUUUCCCUCUGCAGCUGCUGUGCUAACAGACGAAGAGAAAGUGCGGAUUCACGCAGAAGCCGCUCUGCUCAUGGAGAAAAGCAAGCAGGAGAAAGAGCUUCGCGAAAGGCAGCAAGAGGAACAGGAGAAGCUGAGGAAGGAAGAACAAGAACAAAAAGCCAGAAAGAAACAAGAAGCUGAAGAAAAUGAAAUCCCAGAAAGUCAACAAAAAGCAAAAGAAGAAAUGGAGAAGAGAGAAGGUGAACAAGCCAAGAAGGAAGAUAAAGAAACCUCAGCAAAGAGAGGCAAAGAAACAACAGGAUUAAAAAGACAGAGUAAAAGUGAACAUGAAACUUCCGAUGCCAAGAAGUCUGUGGACGACAGGGGGAAACGCUGCCCGACUCCAGAAGCACAAAGAAAGCCCUUGGGCGACGUCCCCACGCCUGUGCCGGGAGAUGCAGGCUCGGGCAAGGCUCAGCGGGAGCCUUUGACGAGAGCACGGAGUGAAGAGAUGGGGAGAAUCGUCCCAGGACUGCCUUCCGGCUGGGCCAAGUUUCUGGACCCGAUCACCGGAACCUUCCGUUAUUACCACUCACCCACCAACACUGUCCACAUGUACCCACCAGAAAUGGCGCCUUCCUCUGCUCCUCCUUCCACCCCACCGACUCACAAAGCCAAGCCCCAGGUUCCUGCUGAGCGGGACAGGGAGCCAUCCAAACUGAAGCGCUCCUACUCCUCCCCCGACAUCGCCCAGGCCGUGCAGGAAGAGGAGAGGAGGAAGCCCACGGUGACGCCAGCCGUGAAUCGGGAGAACAAGCCAGUGUGCUACCCCAAAGCCGAGAUCUCAAGGCUGUCUGCCUCUCAGAUUCGCAAUCUCAAUCCUGUCUUUGGUGGCUCUGGACCAGCCCUCACGGGACUUCGGAACUUAGGCAAUACAUGCUACAUGAACUCGAUCCUACAGUGCCUGUGCAAUGCCCCCCAUCUGGCUGACUAUUUCAACCGGAACUGCUAUCAGGAUGAUAUUAACAGGUCCAAUUUGUUGGGGCAUAAAGGAGAAGUGGCAGAAGAGUUUGGUAUAAUCAUGAAAGCACUGUGGACAGGACAGUAUAGGUACAUCAGCCCCAAAGACUUUAAAGUUACCAUUGGGAAAAUCAACGACCAGUUUGCAGGAUACAGCCAGCAGGAUUCACAGGAACUGCUGCUCUUCCUCAUGGACGGUCUCCAUGAAGACCUAAAUAAAGCUGAUAACCGGAAGAGGCAUAGAGAAGAAAACAAUGAUCACCUCGAUGACUUCAGAGCUGCAGAACACGCUUGGCAGAAACACAAGCAGCUCAAUGAAUCUAUUAUCGUUGCACUUUUUCAGGGUCAGUUCAAAUCCACGGUACAGUGCCUCACCUGUCACAAAAAGUCCAGGACAUUUGAGGCCUUCAUGUAUCUGUCUCUACCACUAGCAUCCACAAGUAAAUGUACACUACAGGAUUGCCUUAGAUUAUUUUCCAAAGAAGAAAAACUCACAGAUAACAACAGAUUUUACUGCAGUCAUUGCAGAGCUCGGCGGGAUUCUCUCAAAAAGAUAGAAAUCUGGAAGUUGCCACCUGUGCUCUUGGUGCAUCUGAAACGUUUCUCCUACGAUGGCAGGUGGAAACAGAAGUUACAAACCUCUGUGGACUUUCCUCUAGAAAAUCUUGACUUGUCACAGUAUGUUAUUGGUCCAAAGAACAGUUUGAAGAAAUACAAUUUGUUUUCUGUUUCAAAUCACUACGGCGGGCUGGAUGGAGGCCACUACACUGCUUACUGUAAAAACGCGGCGAGACAGCGGUGGUUUAAGUUCGAUGAUCACGAAGUUUCUGACAUCUCUGUUUCUUCUGUGAAGUCGUCGGCGGCGUACAUUCUCUUUUAUACUUCCCUGGGACCACGAGCAGCCGACCUAGCCACAUAAGGAGACGUGGGCGACGAGUUAGUUAGGUUCUCAAAGGCGGGGCAGCGCAGCUCCCGAACUGCCAACGGGGCGGGGCUGGCUGUGGAGAGGGUUCUGGCCUGGGAGCGUGUUCUCAGCACUCUCUCUCAGCAGAGGCCAGUGCUGUCACCAGAACUGACAGGCAGCGUUAGCAGUGCCGCGGGAGGCGCCCCUGCAGGUAACAGUUACUUCAAAACAAUGUUUUUAGUCUGCUCCAAAGUUAAAGUAAUUACCUAGCAAAGUAUUACCAUACUACUGGUUGAAGAACCACUGUAACCUUCAUUUUCCUUUUCACUGUUCCGGCCUUUUCACAUUUCUAACCCGGCUUGAUCUGCUACGUACGCUAGAGUGGUGGAGAACAGGCAGGAAUGUAUGUGUACGGAUUUAUUGCACACUUGCACAUCAGAGCGAUGUACAUAGUUUAACGUGUUCUUUCUGUGAAGCCUUGAGCUCAGAGGGCUGCGUUUUAGUUUGGUUUUCUUUUUUCUUUUUUUGGCCUCUCCCAAGUAACUGCAGUGCUUUCUUAGGGAAACGACAGGGCAAAGCUAUUUUUCUGUUGGCUUUGGGCUGUAUUUGUGCACUAAAUCUUUAUUCUAAAAAAUAAACUUUCUUUAAUUUUUUAAAAAUGAGAAUCUCAUUACAUUAAAAUAUUAAUGAGAAAAAUAAUUUAAAACCCUAUAAGUGUUCUGUCUUUAAUGAUAUAUAAACAGUCUAGGACGGUAAAGCCUAUGGUGGUUUUACGGUCUCAGUUUCCUCAUUCGUAAAACGUACAGAUACUUCCACUGCUAAAAUUCUGAGUCUUUGAUUUGAAAUAAAAGAUUUUAGACGUUGGUACAUUUUGGUAUUCGUGAGGACCACGUUCAUCAUGGGGAAUGUGCGCCUGUACGUAGAUCCCUUUAUCCUCAUCCCCCACUGGGUUUUAGAUCUAGACUGCCUGUGCACACACGCUCGCUACACCGCCCCCAUCUGUAGCCCAUCACUCUGGUUCUAAGUUCAGUUCCCCGGUCCUCCCGAAUCAGGAUUCCGCCCCUAUGGCGCCAGCGCCGUGUGCAGCAUUUAGGAUCCUCAGCAAACGGAUGAGGGUAAAACCACCUAGACUCCUCCUCCUCUGUCGGUCAGCGGGCCUGGAGUUGGGCCUGACCGCAGAGCCGCUGUCUCCGAAGGCCGUGCAACACGGGCACAGGGGUCCUCGCACUGACCUUGGAGACUGGUCACUACACAUGACGUCACUGAAACCUGCCCGUAAGAUUACCAGGAUGCCUGCAUGCGGGCCCCAUAAGUGUACCUUGGAGAGGACCACGCCCAGGCUGGAAUGGUAAAGCUGACACUGUUUUGUGUUGCGAGCUACUUGAAAGGAUGUUGGAAUCUUGGCUAAAUUACUGUCAGCUGAAUGUUUUCGGGCCACAUUCAGCAGCUGACCAAACUGAACAAACAAGAUCUUUUUCAGUGCAGAGAUCAAACCCAAGGUCUUCCGCCUGUGCUAGGCAAGUGCUCCAUCACCGGCGGUGAUGAUGGAGGACAGCUCUGUGAGGGAUCUUUAGAAAAUCUUUGGUUCAGGAGGGGCCAGGGAGAUGGCUCAGUGGAAUAAGUGCUUCCCUGGCAAGCAUAAG